AUGAAGUUCCUGAUCAGCGCCAACGUGCCGAAAUUCCGGUCUGUGCUCGGGGAUGAGUCUUUGCAAGUUUCGUUCUGUCAAGACCAUUCCGGACUCGCGGCGCAAAUCAACGGUCCCGAUGCGAUAGACAUCUGGGUAUGCGAGAAGGAUGAAGUCACCGAGGAGCUGCUGGAGCAGUGGCUGGGUCGGGAUCAGGACUCCCCAAAAGCUCUGCUGGUCAGCGACGCCAAGCACAUACCUGAGCUCGAGAAGCUGCUCAAGGAUCGCGUGACUGAAAUUCAGGCAGUGCCCAAGCAAGAAAACCAAUCCGAUUCGUCCUGGGUGGUGUCGACGCUCCAGGCAGGGGAGAUGCUUUAUGCUCGGGGUUGGGCCCGCGGCGCACUCCACCACAACGAAAACGAGCCCAGUGCCGACGAGACGGUCGUACUUGUUGGCGCGGGGAUCAUGAAUCUUGUCACGGCAGAGUUCCUCGCUACCCGUGGGUUUCGAGUGCGGAUUAUUGACGCCAACCCGGAUCCUCGGACCUGCAAGGACUGGACUCGUUUGGGGGUUACCCACGGGGGCUUCAAUGCCCGCAUGUUCACCUACACCGAAGCGGAUAGCUACAAUGAGAGAAGUAGCUCCAUCUAUCGUCAUAUGCGCCAUGUCUUCCGCAAGACCAGUCUCAACGGCGGCCGAGAUCGCCUGGAUGAGUACAUGGACCGCGCCCCGGAGCUCUUCAAGGGUGUCUCGCUUCACGCCGACAUUCUGCGCUUAUAUGCCAAAGACGUCGCUCUGGAUGCGGCUACUGAGGUGAACCGAGGCCUAGGGUCGCUCAUGGACGAGAUCUCCCAAUCCGAGCUCGUGAGAGAACAUCCCGGGUUUGCUGCGGCUGCCAGGUCCAAUGAACUUGCCGGUGCGCUCGCCGUGCAAGGGUUUACCCUCGGCAUCCACUUAUUCGUGGGGAAGCUGAUCGAUCGAAUCAUGGAGCUCGGUGGAGAGUUCACCUGGAACUGCUCGGUACAGAGAAUCCGCCGCAACGCUGCUGGGGAGGUGACUUUGCUGGACUCACAGCUGGGACCUCUCCAAGGGAAUCAUUUCGUGAUCAGCACCGGGGGACUGGUGCACGGCGUGUUGGGCGUGUGGCUGCAGCUCCCCAACCUGGACCCGAUGAUCCGGAAUUCCAUCAAGAUCCAUCGCCGCGGCUCGCUUGUCGAAGACAUCAAUGUGACCGUCUCGAGAAAUGCUCAGACGAACGAAGAGGUUCUCCUUCUGGGAGGUGGAUACGGGUACGUUGGGUUGGAUCACCCCGAGGAGCCAGGGACCCUGUGGCCGGAGGGGGAACGGAAAUUCUGCAUUCGACCGUUCACUUGUACGGGGUUGGGCAUCUUUGAGGACAUCGGCGCUGCAGGGGGUGGACAUCUCCUCAUCACGGGCGGGAACAACACCGGCGGCUUUGCCCAAGCGCCCGCCAUUGCACGUGCCGUGUGUCGCGCCAUCGCUGGGGAGCACGACCCCGUCCAGGUGCUCUUCCACCCCCAUCGCAGCAAGCUGGUCUCCCCAGUGCAGUACAGUAAAGCCAGUCUGUAG